CAACUGGAUAAGAAGAGGCACUGCUCAGGAGCAGACAUGGAAAGUCUUCCUUCGACGAGUAAGAAGAUGAAUUUUGUGCUUCGAGUCAAGAUGGCUAAAGGUGAUCCCAAGAAACCAAAGGGCAAGAUGUCUGCUUAUGCCUUCUUUGUGCAGACGUGCAGGGAGGAACAUAAGAAGAAAAACCCAGAGGUCCCUGUCAAUUUUGCUGAAUUUUCCAAGAAAUGCUCUGAGAGGUGGAAGACCAUGUCCGGGAAAGAGAAGUCGAAGUUCGAUGAAAUGGCAAAGGCGGAUAAAGUGCGCUAUGAUCGGGAAAUGAAGGAUUACGGACCAGCUAAGGGAGGCAAGAAGAAGAAGGACCCUAAUGCCCCCAAGAGACCACCGUCUGGAUUUUUCCUAUUCUGCUCUGAAUUCCGCCCCAAGAUCAAGUCUGCAAACCCUGGCAUCUCUAUUGGAGAUGUGGCGAAGAAGCUGGGCGAGAUGUGGAAUAACUUAAGUGACAGCGAGAAGCAGCCAUACAUCAACAAGGCAGCGAAGCUGAAGGAGAAGUAUGAGAAGGAUGUCGCAGACUAUAAGUCUAAAGGGAAGUUUGAUGGUGCCAAGGGUGCUGCUAAAGUUGCCCGGAAAAAGGUGGAAGAGGAAGACGAAGAGGAUGAGGAGGAGGAGGAGGAGGAGGAGGAGGAGGAAGAGGAUGAAUAA